AUGAAUUCAAUCGAAGAAAUUGAUUUUCUUAUUAAAUUUUUUCCUCGUUUAACACAUUUCAAAGUAGAUUUAAUGAAUAAGAUCUAUUAUGAAUCAUUUCUCAAAUAUAUUUUACAAAAACUGGAUAAUAAUCGCCAUCGAUAUCUUCGAUUGAUUUGUCUUCAUCUUCUCACAGCAACAGAUAAUGAACUGAUUAAUAAAAUACACGAUCAUGAGAAAUUACUUCGUCAUUAUACAAUUGAAUUUGAACGUGAUAAUAUCUGUUUGUGUUGGAUCUGA